AGGUUCCGCGUGUGCGGUCCCUGUCGCGCUGCCCCGGCAGGGAUGCACCGUGACUGGCUAACCAGCCACUGGAUGAAGGUGCUGCUUCCUGUUUUUGGCAAUUACAGAUAAAAUCACAGCCUUUUGUGAGGGCAUAAAUUGUUAUUGCUCUAUAGUAAAUGCCCAGGGGUGCCACCACCAAGUCGAAUGGUAGUUGCGUGUUUGGUUUUCUAAGAAACUGCCAAACCGUCUUCCAAGUGCUCAGAGGCCGCAUCUCCGCAGCAUCCGAGUGGCCUGCCCGCCGCUCCGCGUGCUCUCCGGGCUUGGCGUGGCCACUGCUGUUUAUUGUGGCCGCUGUGACACGUGACACCAUCUGGGCCCCAUCUGUCCUUCCUCACGGCACCCUCGGCACCUUGAGCCACCACCCCCAGCUACAUUUUGGAAGAAAGAUGGAGUCCAAGGUCUCAGAAGGUGGCCUGAACGUGACGCUGACCAUCCGCCUGCUGAUGCACGGAAAGGAAGUUGGCAGCAUCAUCGGGAAGAAAGGAGAGACCGUGAAGAAGAUGCGUGAAGAGAGCGGGGCAAGGAUCAACAUCUCGGAAGGAAACUGCCCAGAAAGAAUCGUGACCAUCACGGGCCCGACAGACGCCAUCUUCAAGGCCUUUGCCAUGAUCGCCUACAAGUUUGAGGAGGACAUCAUUAACUGCAUGACCAACAGCCCGGCCACCAGCAAGCCCCCGGUGACGCUGAGGUUGGUGGUCCCCGCCAGCCAGUGCGGGUCCCUGAUCGGCAAAGGCGGCUCCAAGAUCAAGGAGAUCAGGGAGUCCACAGGUGCCCAGGUCCAGGUGGCCGGGGACAUGCUGCCCAACUCCACGGAGCGGGCAGUGACCAUCUCGGGGACCCCCGACGCCAUCAUCCAGUGUGUCAAGCAGAUCUGUGUGGUCAUGCUGGAGUCCCCACCGAAAGGUGCCACCAUUCCCUACCGCCCAAAGCCCGCCUCCACCCCUGUCAUUUUUGCAGGUGGUCAGGUAAGAGCCGAGCCGCUCUCGGCCUCCACUGCCAACCUCAGCCUCUUACUGCAGCCCCCGCCGCUGCCCGCCUACACGAUCCAGGGACAGUACGCCAUCCCCCACCCAGAUUUGACCAAGCUCCACCAGCUGGCCAUGCAGCAAACCCCCUUUCCUCCCCUCGGACAGACCAACCCCGCUUUCCCCGGAGAAAAGCUGCCUUUACACUCCUCCGAAGAAGCUCAAAAUCUGAUGGGCCAGUCGUCAGGUCUGGACGCCAGCCCCCCCGCCAGCACUCACGAGCUCACCAUUCCCAAUGAUCUAAUAGGCUGCAUAAUUGGACGCCAGGGGACCAAAAUCAAUGAAAUUCGACAGAUGUCUGGAGCGCAGAUCAAAAUCGCCAAUGCCACGGAGGGGUCGUCAGAGCGCCAGAUCACCAUAACGGGGACCCCGGCCAACAUCAGCCUUGCCCAGUACCUCAUCAACGCCAGGCUGACGUCUGAGGUCACCGGGAUGGGCGCGCUCUAACCCCGCCGACGUCCCCACCACUCGCCUGUGCAGACCGCCCCCCUUGCAGAUAUAGAGGUUUCUUUACUACAGAAGGUGUCUGUGCCCUAGAGAUGCACCCACAGCGCUCCAUCUGUGUCUGUGAGCCCCCGGCUCCACCCCGACGCUGCUCCAACUUCACUUACGCCCGUCUCCUCACGCGUUGGCAUGCCGUGUUCAUUAUUUUAAAUGCUUUGGGGCCACUCCCAUCUGUGACGUUUUAGAAACGUUGUUCCUUAGUGUCCGUGUAACUGUUGUUUUAAGACUUGGUUUGACAUUUGGACGGCGCUUCCAGCAGCCGUCCCCUCCAAGCCCCAGGAGCUGUGGCCGCAGGGAGCUGCCCCUCCCCAGUCCCUCGGCCUCGGCUCCCGAGGCCACACGGGUCAGUGCCGGGCAGGGUGCACGUCUCCCUUUGUCCGAGGGCAGGAGAAAGGAAGGCUCGGGGUCCUGACCCGGGGUGCAGGGCGAAGCAGGGAUGCUGGGCCCCGGGCGUCUUCAGGGCUGAGAGAGGGGACCGGCCAGAGGCGUCUCCGCACCGCGUCCCGGCUCAAUAAACGUGUGCGCUGCCCCUCG